AUGCCGGUCAUUCAGCAUGAGGGACGUGAGAUUCAUCUCUCCCACGAGCAAGAGACUAAGCUGAAUGAGUUUCAAAUGAUAACGAACUUUCCGGACCCUGAAGUGGGUCUUGUUGUUCAGUUAUUGGAAAGCCACGGUUGGAACUUAGAAUCUGCACUGAGCAGAUAUUUCGAUGGCAAUUGGCAAGAGAAUCUAAUUCCAUCAGAUGCGGCUCAAAGACCUUCUACUCCGGUACCUUCUCAAGGUUUCGUUUCUCAUUCAGCAAGUUCAUUUUUGCUUGGUGAAAAUGCAUCGUUUAUACCUAGACUACCUCUGGUCAGAAGGCUUCCUCUGGACUUUGGAGACAACUCACGCAUAAUCGGGCUGGACAAACGAUCAGAGGACAAAUUCAACAACAGCCCUGCUCUGAUAAUCUUACUUUUCCUACCAAAUUUGUUGUUGAAGAUCGGUACCGGAAUACUGACGAUCUUAUGGUCCAUCAUCUCGUUUGGCUUCAAAAACGAUCACAUUGCAGAAAAUAAGAUUCAGAGAGUUCCUCCAAGACCUGAUAAGAAUGCAAAGCCCAUCACAGAGAUUGUUGGCUCUGUCUUGGGCGAAAACUCAGAAUUGGCUAGUUUGAUCGCCCCACAGUCAUUUAAUGAGCUUUACGAUGAAUGCGAAAGCCAGUUCAAAAUCAUGAUGGUGAUUUGCUUGGGAGAUCUGGAAUCAGAACAGCUUGGAGAACGAGACCUCAACUCCGCUAGAUUUUUGACGGAAGUUAUCAAUGACCCUACCACCUUGCAAAUACUUCGCGAGCAUCGAGAGGAACUAAGCGUUUACAUGUCUUCCGCACAAUCGCCUGAGAUGUGGGCUAUGGCAAGCCAGUUGAAGCUUAGGUAUACCCCAGAAUGUUUUCUCGUUGCCAACGUCUUGAAUUCCAAAGACUCGGUAAAUGGUACCACACAGAUGUCAUUGAUAGGCAGAGUGAAGUUGAGCUCUGUGAGAAGAUUUCAAGGUAGCUUAAAAUCGAUAUUAGAAAAGCAUAGUGCAGAGCUCUUGGUGAGCCGUAACGAACAAAAAGAAUUGAGACUGGCAAGAGAAAUUAAAGAACUGCAGGAUCAGGCAUAUGAGGAGUCGCUCAGACAGGAUCAGCGCAAACAACAAAUGCGUCAGGAAGAAGACGCAACAGCAAGAGAGACCUUGGAAAGAGAAAAGGCCAGAGCGUUCGAAAAUAAAUUCAAUUUGGCAGCUUGCGAACUGCGUGCGUUGCAAUUGUCCAUAAGUCUUGCCGACAGUCAGAGAUCGCUCAAUCUAGAUUCUGGAAAGGCAACCCUCCAAUUCCGAACUUCGAAUGGGAAACGCUUUAUCAGAGUUUUUGCUGGUGACGAAUCGCCCAAAGAUAUAUACCAAACUGUUGAAUGCUUCCUCCGCUUAGAUCUUAAAUCCUUUGAAGAUGAUGUGGUGCUUGAAAGAGUGAAGACUAGAUUGAGCGGUAUGAUUGAAGAUGGCAACGUAAUAGAACUGGAUGAAUCACAAUGGUCUCAUGAAGCACUCGCGGAUGAAACUCUCGACUCAUUGAAAUUACGGAUAGAGCAGAAAUUGCAAGUUUUAUGUGAUUCAAGAGGAAACGUUGAGCUGGAUAUCAACUUCGAACUAGUAUCACCAUUCCCGAGGUUCAAAUUGCCAUGCGAUGACAAUAUCAGCAUCAAGGACAUUUCACAGAUUUGGCCUAAUGGAAGUUUGCUUGUAGAAGCAAUAGAAGAGGAAGACGAACCUGGCGCGGUGAAUUUUUAA